AGGCAAUCAUGCUUAUAGCUGCAGCUGCGGCAGCUGCGGCAGCCACCAAAGGCAGUGCUGCCACUGCUUUUAAUCCUCCAAUGGUACAUACAGCCACUGUCGCCCCAGCAGCAGUCUUCUCUCCUGUGCUUACACGGUCUCCAUCACUGCAGAGCACUUCUGUAGCAGCUGGACAAGCUCAGGUUGUUGCUGACCCUAGCUCAAUAAGCAAGCUUCAGGCUGAUCUCCCCAUUGCCAGGAGGCACUCUCUCCAGCGCUUCCUUGAGAAACGUCGUGACAGGGUCGUGAGCAAAGCUCCGUACAGCCCCGCCAAGUCGUUCGAUGGCAUGGAGUCAGCGGGAAUGGAGAUGACUGUGGACGGCAAGCAGGGCGCAAGGCCCAGUAUCUUGAAAGAUUGGGGAGCCGCGAAGUCUGAAGUCUGAACGGUGAAAGC